GUCCAGUGUCAGCUCCUUCGACUGCUGGGGCCUGGCGGAUGGCCCCGUGAACCUGUUCUACAGCAUCGCCCUUUCGUGGGCCAUCCCAGUGCUCUUGCUCUUGCUUUCUUGGAGCUGGCUCGGUCUGCGUUCUUGGCGCCUUUGCUUGGUCGUUUGGGGCAAUGUCUUCAUUCCCCCGCUCAUGGGUGCUGCGGCCACGCUGGUGCCGUGUUUCAGCACCCACGAAGGGGGCCGUCGAUUCCUGAUGUAUGAGGCCGCAUUCGAAACCCCAUGCGCUUCCAAGUUGACCGAAUCCAUGGUGCUCCCGCGAUUUUGGUUGGCAGUGGGGACAACAGUGCUGCUUGCCGUCAUCGGCCCCGUCUUGUGGCUGUCGCUUGCCAUGUCUAUUUCCUCAAUGCGGCGAGGCGUCGAAGAUGAUCGGACAGUCGGCUUCCUGGUGGCAGGCUACGAGCCCGGCUGUCGGUGGUGGGAAGUCACCGUCCUCGUCAGGAAAUCUGCCAUCUACGUUGUAGCAGCUUGCUUCCCGAUGUCUUGGGCCCCCGAAGCACACUUGGUCUACCUUCUGUUAAUCACGGUCGUUGCAGAGCUCGUCCAUUGUAGCAUACGGCCCUAUGUCAGCCCACGCCUGAACAGGUUGGAGGGGCAGGUUCUAGGCGUUUCCUGUACAAACUUGGUUCUGGUCAUCUCCUUGCUGUCAGAGUGGCCCUACCGACCGUACAGCAUCUACGUCGGCACCUGCGUCCUUCUCUUUUUGCUCACAGCGGGCACCUACCUCUUUUUCCUUUGCUUCUACAUUCGUGCCGUGUUCACGAGGGACGAUUCCCAAAAGGGGAGGAGGUAG